GUUUAUGUAAAAGAACCAAAUUCCCCCCACCCCCGCCGGAAAAGGAAAAGGGAGUAUUUCUAGAGAAAAAGAAGAAUAGAUGAGCAGUAGAGGAGGAGGAGGAGUUUCAAGUAGUAGUAGUAGACAGAAUGUUAAUUCAGUGUUUUAUGCAGAAUCAUAUCAUCCAAUACAAGCUGGUAGUAUUGAUGGAAUAGACAUUCUUCCUCAUGAUAAUGCUGUUUACAGAGCUCUCCUUUGUUCUUCAGCUGGACUCUAUGACCCAUUUGGUGACCCUAAGGUUACCGGAGACCCUUAUUGCAGUUUGUUUGUUGGGCGUCUAUCUCACCUCACUACUGAAGAUUCACUUCAUAAGCCAAUGAGUAGGUAUGGGCGAAUCAAGAGUUUGCGAUUAGUUCGUGACAUUGUAACUGGUGCUUCUCGGGGUUAUGCAUUUGUUGAAUAUGAAAACGAUAGAGACAUGAGGUGCGAAGCUCACCACUCUAGGGUUGACGACUGUGAAAUUUUAGUAGAUUACAAUCGACAGCAGUUGAUGCUAGGGUGGAUCCCACGAAGAUUAGGAGGAGGACUUGGUGGCAUGAAAGGAUCUGGUCAGCUUCGUUUUGGAGGACGUGAGAGACCGUUCCGAGCUCCCCUGAAAUCAAUUCCCUUUGACGACUUAAAAAGGCUUGGCAUUCCACCUCUUCCAGAAGGACAAUAUAUGACACUUCACCAGGUUCCACCACCUCCUAGAAGACGGAGGAACUCUGUGGAUAGAGAGGAAGAACAGUCACAAUCUCACAAGCGCAGUAAACAUUCCCACCGAUCCAGAAGGAGAAGAUCCACCAGUAGGGAUCACCUAUCAGAUUAAUCAUGAAGAAAAGAGAUCGCAGCAGAGGAUUGUGUAUGUGCUAAAAGAACAGCAGAGUAUCGGGAACCAGAGAACAGACUGCUUACAAUUGGAAAAUUAGGUGUGUUGAUGGUGGUGGUCCUUGGUGGAGCUGACAGCCGUCUGCCGGUUUCAUCAUUAAAGAAAAAUCUCAUCUAGUUAUUUGUUUUUGUUUUUUUGAUUAUAAAAAAGUUUUUUUGAAGAUGAGGAUUAAUCCAUUGAAUUACGAGAAUGAUAUGACUUACGAAAUACUUUCUCGCAUACCAAUUGAG